AUGGAGUACCAUGGUGUUCCCUUACCAGGGUCGAUAGAAGUGUCGCACGUGCUGGUCCCAGCAACGCAAAGCAAAUCCACGACAGCAUUUCGUGGACAGUACAUAGCGGUCCUCUGGAACGCGGAUGACGAAGAGUCUAUUGAAGACUUUGAAGCAAGGCUUCAAGUUGGUCUCGCGGGCGGGUACCACAAGGAAAAGUUCAAGUAUUUCGGAGCCAGAGUACUGGUCUCUGUUCCUUCCCGUAAGGGAAAACGGGAGUCCUCCCCGCGCCAUUGGUGGGCGGUCGUUGUGAGGUUCGAGCAUCGCACCAGUCGCAGUGGGCGAUGGCUGGAGUUGCCAGGAGUUGGCAACAGGAUACGUGUUGGAGCGACGGAUAUCAUUUCGUCGGCGUAUGUCCCACACUGGGUGGAAGCACCAAAGGCCCGGCUGGGCGUUAAUUUACUACGAUCGUGGAUAGACAGCUGGCAGUGCUGGAUCUCUACUCAAGCCUCUGGUCAAGAGUUUGUCUUUGGAGACAAGUUGGACACACAGUUGAGCGUGCGUUCUCGCAAGACGGUUUCUGACGUUUCAGUAACUGGAGAUUCAUUUGAAUCUGACGUGGAGAUGGGAUCUCCUCAAGUGGUGAUUCCGGUGGCGAGUGCACCGGCACCUACGGAUGAAGCGCAUGAUCGUAUAUUACGGCACAAGAUUGAUGUUCUUGAGGAACAGGUACGCUCUUUUAGUGGGAAACUCUCUACACUAGAAGCAAGAUUGAAUCUCUUGGAGCGAGGUACGCUACAAAACACGUGA